AUCCCACGGCGCAGAACUCCCCCAAACCCCGAGACCCCAACCAAAAUCCACCCCCGAACUAGGUCAUCCAUGGCUGGCGGCGGGCAAGCAGCGGUCUCGUUCCUGACGAAGGUCGCAAAGGUGGCUGCCGGGUUGGGCUUGACGGCAUCUGCCGUCUCCACGUCCCUCUACACGGUGGACGGCGGCCAACGGGCGGUCAUCUUCGACCGCUUCCAGGGCGUUCUCCCGGAGGUCGUCUCGGAGGGCACCCACUUCCUCGUCCCCUGGCUCCAGAAGCCCUUCCUCUUCGACAUCCGCACGCGCCCGCACAGCUUCUCCUCCACCUCCGGAACCAAGGAUCUGCAGAUGGUCAGCCUCACGCUCCGCGUCCUCGCCCGCCCCGAUGUGGAACGCCUUCCUGAAAUCUUCACCAACCUCGGCCUCGACUAUGACGACAAGGUGCUCCCCUCCAUCGGCAACGAGGUGCUCAAGGCCGUCGUCGCCCAGUUCAACGCAGACCAGCUCCUCACCGAUCGUCCCCACGUCUCUGCCCUCGUCCGUGAAGCCCUCGUCCGCCGCGCCGGCGAGUUCAACAUCGUGCUCGAUGACGUCGCCAUCACCCACCUCGCCUACGGGAACGACUUCGCCCAGGCCGUUGAGAAGAAGCAGGUCGCACAGCAGGAGGCUGAGCGCUCCAGGUUCCUCGUUGUGCGUGCAGAGCAGGAGAGGCGUGCUGCUAUUGUUCGCGCGGAGGGAGAGAGUGACUCCGCACGGCUCAUCUCAGAUGCCACCGCUCUUGUAGGCAAUGGCCUGAUCGAGCUCAGGAGGAUCGAGGCUGCUAAGGAGAUAGCUGGGGUGAUUGCGCGCUCAACCAAUGUUUCCUACAUCCCUUCCGGCAACAACGGCCAGAUGCUGCUUGGGCUCAGCAGUGCCCGCUGAAUGAAUUGCCACUUAUCUUCCAGUUAUCCUUCACUUAGAUUACAAUACUUGAAUAAGUUCAGAUGCUUCGACAUCGGAAAGGUGUGCCUACUCCCAGAUGUGCCCACUCCCAUUAUCUGGUCCAUCGAAUUGUUGAGAGAUUCGUGCACCCGUCUGACUGUGAGCAGUGUUUUUCCAGCAACGCUGCGGGCAGCUCAGAUCAUUAUCCUAAAAAGUACUAGUUCAUGUUCUCCUUCGACAUAGUUAUGAUUUUAGGAUUUUAUCGGAGAAUGGAGACUUUUAUAAUUGUGCUACUCAUCAAUUUCCAGUUAUGGAAGAGUCAUUGAACAAUUGUUGUA